GUCACUUGGAGUGAGAAAAGUCAGACCUACAUUGCUACGGAGUUUUUCUUUCUGCCUUAAUACUUUGCAGGAGUUUAGACAUCAUAAGUCUUAGACGCAAUCAUGGAAUCAAGGCAACUAAAUGAAGAUUUGAAUAAUGAGACCUUGAAUGAUAGCAACUGUGAUGUUUACAUCUGCCGCAACACAGCCAAAUUUCUUUUCCCAUUUUUUUACCUGGUUGUGUUUCUUGUUGGCAUAUUUGGAAAUGUACUAGUCCUUUACAUUACCUUUCAAAAACAGCAAAAGGUCAACUCGACAAACCUUUACUUAAUCAACCUGGCAGUUUCAGACACCUUGUUUACUCUGGCCUUGCCUGGAAGAAUAAUUUACUACAUCAGGGAGUUUGAUUGGCCUUUUGGUGAUUUAAUGUGCAGGAUUACCACUGUCAUAUUUUACACAAACACCUAUGUGGGCAUCGCAAUAAUGACUUGCAUAAGCAUUGACCGCUAUCUUGCAAUGGUUCACCCCCAUCGUCUCACAAAGCUUAGAAGAGUUGAGGUUGUGAGGAUAAUCUGUGGCCUUGUUUGGUUCUUGGUGUUUUGUCAGACAGCACCUCUGCUCUUCAAGAAAAUGGUGAGAACUGUGGAUGGCAAAGAAACAUGCAUGGAGUACUUUAACUUUGAAGCAUCUCCAAAACUGCCCUACCUGCUUUUGCUUGCCUGCACCAUCAGUUACUGCAUUCCUUUGGGGGUCAUUGCGUGCUGCUACACAAAAAUCAACCUGAAACUGUUCAAAGCUGCAAAACGCAACCCGAUAACCAGCAGAUUUGGCCGCAAUAAAAGAGCAACCAACAUCAUACUUCUCAUCCUCAUUACCUUUGUACUGUGUUUCAGCCCCUACCACAUAAACAUCAUGCAGUUCAUGAUCAGGAAGAUUUAUUACCAGCAAACCUGUGAGGAAUUUAAAGCCUUCAAGAUGUCUCUUCAGGUCACAGUGUCCAUCAUGAACAUAAAUUGUUGCUUAGAUCCAGUUAUCUACUUUUUUGCUGUGAAAAGCUACAAACAAAAGCUCAUGAGCUUGUUCAAGACCUACAUUUCCACGUCUACUUUUUCAUCAAAAACACCUUCUGACAGCAGUAGCAUUAGCUAAAUUGGCAUGUUUUGGCCUUAAUGCAGGUUUUGGCAAGUCAUCUAUCUCCAUCCAGUCCCGGGAUCACUCUGCAGGUUAAACAAUGAACUAUUCAAGAACAUUUUGACAAACUUCCAUGAAAAUAACCUUUAACAGCUUUUAAACUGAAAUCAGGAUAUUAUACUAAAUCUAAAUUCCAAACUGAGGAAUUGAAAAUAAUUACUAUUUAAAAUAAGACACGGAUACAAAGAUAGAUUUCUAAGCACGAUUCUAAGAUUCCUUUUCCUACUGUAGUUUAAUAAGCUGUUUGGAGUUUUUCUAUUUUAUUAAUGAUGAAGGAAGAGCCUGGUGUGACUAAAUUAACAUUAAGGAUUGAGACAGAUUAACUACAGGCUGCAAGUUUCACCGAAGAGAUAAAAAAAUCUUUUACUCUUCAAAAAAAUAAAAUAAAAACACAAUUUAAUGCUUCCA